AUGCAUCGUCUCCCGUCCGUUUCCAGCCUUAUGUCACCCCCCGAGACCAAGCCACUCGAGAGCUUUGCUACUUCGAUUUCGCCAUUUGCAAAACCCCGAGAAUCUUCCCCUGGCGACAUAAAGCUUCCACCUAUCUCAAUUAAUCGGAAACGGACGCAGUCAGAGAUGGACCUUCCAUCGCCACCUGUUACUCCGUACACAGGGAACAAGAAAAGCAAUUCACAUGUGUCGGAUCAAAUCGAGAGGGAGGUGGGGUCUCCCAGGGACCCUCUCCUUUUCCCUCGCCAGGACUCCGUUACUGACGCUGCCGCCGAUGAGCCGUUGUUCGGACCCGUUCACCCUGCUUCUGCAGAGGCGCUCGUGGAAAGCCACAUUGAUUCUCAUAUGGCUAUGUUUCGCAAUAAGUCGAACAAACCAACACGAGAUGAAUAUCUCCUGGCGCUCUCCUGUGUUCCUAUCGUUUCAACCCUGUAUAAUCGCAACCCGGCUGCUUGGGCUCGGGAGGAACGCGACAUACUGGAGCGUCAAAUUCUCAUGAUGAAUCGUCAUCGCCCUGGAGAUUACGAGCCUAAGUUGAAGAAGAUUGCCCCAGCCCCGGCGAAGAAAACAGGAGUUCAACCGCGCGCGCAACGUGUCCGGGUCAAGCGCACCCCCAAGUCCACUCCAAAGCAGCAGGUGUUCGACACGUUCGAUACUCCACAGACUCCAAUCCCCAAACCGCGUGCUCUAGGCACGAAUCGUGACGACACCGAUUACCACUCACUCAAGGAUUAUUCGCCGCCGGCGGAUACGCUAGGGAACAAUUCUAAAGCAUUGAAGGCGGAUUGGAAAGGGCAGAUGUUGGACCUUAGCAAUGACCCGGACAGACAUAUGCUCAGUCCGGCCGAGCUCAAUCUGGCCUCCACCCUCAGACUGUCAUGUGCGACCUAUUUAUGCAGCAAGCGUCGUAUUUUCGAGGCUCGGGUUCGAGCUCUCGGUGUGGGCAAAGAAUUCCGUAAAACGGAUGCUCAGCAGGCCUGCAAGAUCGACGUCAACAAAGCCAGCAAACUUUGGACUGCUUAUGAACGUGUGGGUUGGUUUGAUGCCGAACUCUUCCGCCAAUAUCUGGUGUGA